UCAGUCAACGCACUAAGCAUUAAACCCUUUCUCUUUCUCUCUCUCUCUUUUCCUCCAUUAAACCCCAUUUUUUCACAAAGACUCAGAAAACACAUACACAGAGAGAAGUGAGAGAAUUAUCAACGAUCAUGAUGAUGGUUCCAGCUGAGUCUCCGAUCAACGGAUAUGGUUUUGACAGCUCAUUGGCUCCAACUCCAACUCCAACUCCAACUCCAACUCCAUCUUCAUCUCCAUCUCCUUCCUUCGCCAGCAGUAGCAUCAUUACUUCGGUGCAACAAGCAUCACCACCGUCCAGAUUACCCGUCCAAUUCAGCCCGCCGUUUAUCGCCAUGGUAGUCAUAGUCGCCACCGCUUUUCUCAUCGUGACCUACUCAAGACUCAUCUCCCGCCACGUCAUCCCUCCGAUCCUCCGUGUCCUCCGCCGCUACAAACGGUGGCGCCGUCGCCGACGUGGAGCUCGGUCGUACCUGCCGUCGUCUUCCGGAGACUUGGAUUCUCUGCCUUUCGACUCGCCGUUUUUCGAGACGUCCGAUGGAUUCCACGUGUGCUCGCCGUACGGGCUCGAUGAGACGGUGAUCAAGACGAUUCCUCUAGCUCUGUACUACACCACGAAACCGUACCGUGAACGCCGUGACUGUGCGGUUUGCUUGUUGGAAUUCGAGGACGACGAUUACGUCCGCACGCUUCCGGUGUGUUCGCAUGCUUUUCACGUUGAUUGCAUCGAUGUCUGGUUGAGGUCUCAUGCUAACUGUCCUCUCUGCCGCGCCGGGAUAUUCCGUCCGGAGUCUCCUUUCGUUCCGGUCAUGGCCGCCAGGAUCAGACCAAGCCUCGACGACUCGAUCUUUCGGAGCUUCGGCGAGAGGCUCGAGAGCGAAACUUUCCCGGACUCUCGCCGCGGAUCCCUCUCUGAAAUCACUCCGUGCAUCGAAGAACAAUCUCCGAUGAGAAACCACAUCAACAACAACAACAACAGCAGUCACAAUAACUACUCCGAAGAGAGAUUUAACGGAAGAGAUUUCAUGUUGAAGCGGUCGUACUCGUUCGGAUUCGAACGGAAUUUAGCGUCGGAGAGGAUGGUGAUGGAGCCGGCGACGACGUCACCAUGGCGGUACAGAAGAGGAAACUUCUGGAGCAAACGGCCAUCGCCGUUCGGAUCCAUAACAAAACCUAGAGUUUUCUCAUUCCGCUACUAUAGAGGAAUGAAAUCGCCGUUUUUCCGACGAAGAGGAUUCUUUCCUCUGUCGGAAAGAUUCGCCGGCAACGGCAUCGGAGGCGGAUCGUCAAGAAGAACGAAAUCAAUGACGAGCCCGAUGUUCAUGAGGUCGUCGGCGGCCGUCGCCGGAGCAGCAGCGUUCUCAUCAAGCCGGUUACGAUGUGGAGAUCCCGAGGCGCUACUGUCACCGGAGAGAUUCAACAGGAGGUAAGAUUAACAGAAACAAUAACAGACCAAAGAGCGGGAAAAAAUACACGUGGAGGGACGAGAUUGAGCGAACGACGAGGAACGGACGGUCGGUGAUGGGGGGUGCGAUGACUUUGAAAGCAAAUAUUAAAAAAUAGUAUAUGGUGGUAUUUAGUGUGGGAGAAUGGGAAUGGGGUCAGGGUGGUAUUAAUGGGAAGGGGGUCGCAUGCUGAAAGAGGCGUUUAAUGCGACGGUCUGGCAAUUUGUAGUGCCCUCAUUAAUUGGUGUGGUUGAGACUUGAGACUUGUGAGAGAGAGCGCAUUUAUUGUUAAAAUUGACGAGAGCUAAGGCUAGGCUGAGACCUAAUCUCUUUCACACACACACAUUUUUUUAGUCACUCAACACUCUCUGGAAAGUGCUUUCUUCUCUCUUCUUUCCUCUGGUCCAUUGUGGGGUGAAAGACGUUAAUUAAGAAGGGGGGGAGCUCAUAAAUGUGAGAGAGAGGAGGAGGGUUUAUGGGUUUUUUUUUUUUUUUUUUUGGGGAUUGGCUCUAUUUGUAGACACAAACUUGUGGUUUUUGUAUUUGGAGCUACCGACAGAGAUCCCAUGUGGAGAUGACAUAAUGCAUCUGUGAGCACAGUGUCACUCACACACUCUAUUGUCCACCUGGUAUAAGUAUAAACAACUGGUCCUUAUAGUGAUUUAACAUAUUGAAUACACAAGUAGGUUUACUUCUAAUUUUCCCCAA